UAGUUCCAUAGCGGCCAGCCGGCCACAUUAUAUACGCUCAGUCGUCAGCCUCGCGCGCGCCGCUGAAUGCGGAUUGGUUUGUCACUUCGCUCGGUUCGUUGCGUGCUUUGUGGACGGGGAGACGGGAGAUGCAGCGAGCAGCCGAGCACCGAGCGAUGGCGGCCGGCGCGGCGAGCCGGCGGUACGUGGGUCCACUCCUCUGCGUCAACCUCGUCAUGCACGCCGCCGUCCUCGGCCUCGCCGGGUGGUCGCUCAACAAGUUCAUCGACGGCGAGACGCACCGCCAUCUUGGAGGGAACACGUCGACGGGGUACCUGCUCGUCUUCUCGCUGAUGGCCGGGGUGGUCGGCGUGUGCUCGGUGCUCCCCGGGUUUCUCCACGUCCGGGCGUGGCGCGGCGAGACCCUGGCGGCGGCGGCGUCCACCGGACUCAUCUCCUGGGCUCUCACCGCCCUCUCCUUCGGACUCGCGUUUAAGCACAUCACGCUCGGGAACCGAGGAAGGCGGCUGAGGACGUUGGAGGCGUUCAUCGCGAUCUUGACGCUGACGCAGCUGCUCUAUCUGAUUCUGCUCCACGCCGGCUCUCUGGACUGCGGCAUGUUUAGCCUGAGAUGCAGGAACUGCGACGACGACGGCUUGCGUAACUUGCGUUGCGAAAGGAUCCAUCGUGAGGAACUCGACACGAGCAGCAAGUCGGUCAGAGAUGCCGGUGCAUGAGCAGCGUCGUGACGACGAGGCCGUUCCAGGAUCGGUCAUACGAACCGUUCCUUUUCUUUCUUGGGUCAAGUUCAGUUACUUGUAUAAGCAGGGGUCUUUUUCUCACCCUUUACUAUUUAUCACCUGAAGUCUCAACUAUGUGUAGAGUUCUCAUUCUCUUC